AUGACUGAUAAUCUUGAUAAUAUAAUAGAAGUUGAAAAACAAAAUAUUAUUACUACUUAUAAUGAAAGUAGUGGUAGUGGUAAAAAAAAAGAUCAAUAUUAUAUUGCAAUUAGCAAUGAUGGAGAAUAUAUAGCUAGACUUGAUUGUAAUAAGGAUGAAAAUGAACUUAAUCCAUAUGUAAAACCUUCAGAGGCAAAAUAUCCACAAGAAGAUAAUAGAAAACAAGAACAAACAAAAAAGGAUAAUAGCAAUCAGGAAGAACAAAUAAAAAAGGACAAUAGAAAACUUUUAAUUUGGUCAUUUUCUAUAUCAAAUACGAUUUCUUUUAAUAGUAAACCAACAAUUUUAGUGGCAAUUUCAAGAGUAGUACCAAAUGAUAUGAUUGAUCGUGAUAGACCAAUUAAUCACUUACUUGAUAAACUUGAGGAAUAUGAAGAACUCAAAUUAAAAUAUCAAAAUAUGAAAGAACUUUAUCCCUUGCAUACACAACCUUCUAGUACUGUAAUAUUUUAUAUAGAUAUAAGCAAUAUUUAUAAAGAUGAUGAUAAAAGUAACAAUAACAAUUAUGAGAUUAAGAUAGAUGAAAAUGGAAUUUGUUUAACUAGUAAUAUUGGUGGAAUUGUGAGGUUUUUACCAGAAGUUGAAAAAAACAAAACAAGUCUUUUAAUAACAAAUGUAAAAGGAUUUUAUAAAUCUCUUGAUAAUUUAGAUAAACCAAAUAUUUAUUCAAUUUUAAAUUUAAAAAGAUUUCUUUUUCCACCAAAAUUCAAAAAAGAUAUUGAAACUCAGUUUGAACAAACACCUUGCCUGGAAAAACUUCUUUCCUAUAUUUAUAAAAACUAUUUUCUAUUUAAUCAAUUUAAAAACAGAAUCCAAGCGUUGGAAUUAUAUUCAAUGUUAACAAUGGAAGCAGAGCAAUGUUUUUUUACUCGUGAAGAAUUAAAAACUCAAAAAUAUGGCAUUCCUACUUAUGCAAUUUCAUUAAAUAAUCUUUUGCUAGCAUUUACAUCUGGAAAUAAAGAUAUUAGAAUUUAUUCUAUGGAAUCAGGUCUUUUUAUUGCUUUAAAAAAUUUGGAUGACAAAGAUGAAUUUUUAUUUCUAGAAUUUAUACAUAAUGAUGAAAGAUUAUUCAUUGUUACACGAAAUGAUACCAAUCAUAAAAUCUCUAUAAAAAUUUGGGAUAUUUUUAAUUCUUCUCCUGAAGAUUUUAAAUAUGAAAUUAACAACAAUAUUAUUCCAAAAAAAUUUGAUUGUUUGAAUAUUGCAAGAUCAAAUGGGAUGAUUUUUUUUGUUAAAGAAGAUGGCAAAGUCUUAAAUGUUCUUAAAAAUAUUGAAUUCAAAGAAUUCAAAGUAUUUGAAAAUGAUGAUGACAAUAAUAAUGGAAUAAAAGAAGAAAAAUCAUUUACUGUAUUUAAAAAUUUUAAGAAAGUUGACAAAUAUUUAAACCAUUGGUAUUAUUGUGCAGAAGAUGAUUCUGAUAAACAUAAAAUAUUUGAUCCUUUUGAAAAACAUAGUGAUCUUGGUGGUCCAAAAACUUUACUAUUAGUAGAUAAUAAGGAAAAAUGGGUUGAUGUUGAUCAAAUUACACCAAUAGUAAAUAAUAAGGAACAAUGGAAUUUGAGAGUUGGUUGUAGAAAAUUUGAACUAGAGGUUACUUGGGGUUUAGAUAAUGGGAGCAGCAAAAAAAUCCAAUGGCCUUAUCCAGAUCAAUAUGUAACACCUAUAAGACAUGCUUGUAAGGCUCUUGAGUAUCUUAAUUUUAAAAAAGAUUUAUUAGUAAGCUAUAAAAAACAACGUGGAUUUGAAGAAAUGUAUGAAUAUAUUGUAAAAAUUAUUUUGAAAUUCAUUAGAGACAAACCUGAAAUAUGGAAACUUAUGGAUACUCGUUAUGAGGUUAUGUCAAACCUUAUCAAUGGUGGAGUUAAUUCUCUUAUAAAGUAUAUUUUAUUUGGUAAAGAUCAAAUUGGAGACAAUAUAUUAGCAAUCAAAUAUUACACUGAAAAAAAUGAUAAUUUAAUUAUAGGCUAUUUAUUAGAAUAUUAUUCCAACAAUGCUAUUGAACAUAUUGGAUGGAUGAUCACUGUUUCAACAACUUUACCUUUACUUUUCCAAUCUCAUUUAGAAGAUUAUGUGUAUGAUUUAUUUUACAAAGAAUGUUUUACUGAUAAUAACAUAGGAACAAAUUUUAAACUUUUUUUAGAUAAAGAAUUGACUGAUAAUAGCAUAGGAAUAAAUUUUAAGCUUAAAGAAGAUACUGAAAGCAACCUCCUGCAAAAUAGUGUAAAGAAAAUUCCUUUUAAAAAAAUAGCUUUUGGAAAAGAUAAUCAAAAUAGAGCAAAUGAGACUAAAGAGAAAACUGCUCAAAAAGCUGAAGGAAAAAACAAACACAAUACAGUACCAUUCAACUUGUGUGUAGUACCACUUCCAAAUUUCACAGUUAAUAAGAUUGAAAAGAAAAAUGUUCAAAAAAAUGUUGUUAUAGCUUGUCUUAGACAUCUUAUACUUCCUUAUAAGUAUAUUGUUGAAACAACUAUAAUAGUUAAAUCAUUUGAAAUUGAAGAUGCAUUUGGUAGUGUUAAACCUGAUCAAGGAACAAUUGCUGCUAUAUCUUUUUCAAUGUUAUUUCUUUGGAUUGAAUUUGUAACUUUCAUACCUUAG